AUGGUUCGGUUUUUUAUAGAGGAAUUGGAAGUGUUCUUUCCAUAUGAGAAUGUUUACCCUGAACAACUUGAAUACAUGAAAUACUUAAAGCAGAUUCUUGAUGCUCAUAGUCAUGGUGUUCUCGAAAUGCCUACAGGUACCGGUAAAACAGUUACCUUGUUAUCUUUUAUUACAUCUUAUCAACUGGUUCAUCCCAAUAUGGGUAAGUUGAUUUACUGUACUCGUACUGUACCAGAAAUGGAAAAGGCUCUUCAAGAACUCAAAAUAGUUAUUGAAUAUUGUAAAAAGGAAAUAGAGAAUGAUAAGAUUAAGUCAGAAGUUGCACUAAGGGGUGAAAAUGAGUCUUCUUCUCCGUUAAAUUCUGGGCAUCCUUUUAAUGCAGCUUCCAUAUUAGGAAUUGGAAUGACAGCCAGAAGAAACAUGUGCAUCAACCCUAGAGUAGCUGUGCAUGCUGACAGAGACAAGAUUGAUUCCAUGUGUAGAUCAAUGACGGCUCCUUGGGUAAGAGCAAAAUAUCAGAUGGAAGCAAGAGAGAGGAAUUCUAUGAAUGAGGGAGAAACUGAUUCUUCAAAAAUGACGGAAAUUGCUGAUAUUGAAGAAAUGUUAGACUCUGGAUGUACAACUUUGUGCCCAUACUAUGAGGCUUAUGAAAGGGUAUGGAAUAGUGAUCUUGUACCUACAGGGGUUUAUACUAUUGACGAGUUUAAAGAUUUUAGUAAGAAUUGGGAACAUCCAAUAUUAGGAAAGAAAAUCCAAUUCUGCCCAUAUUAUGCUUCUAAAAGACUUAUACAGACUGCUAAAAUUGUCGUACUUAAUUACCAAUAUAUUCUAGAUCCAAAAGUUGCUCAGGCUUCGUUAUUGGGAGGUGGAACGGUAUCUCAAGGAUUUAGCCACGGUGCGAAUCCAAAUGGACUUAACCUUGGCUCCAAGUUAGCAGCUUCUCUUUUUCCUGAACAAGAGGGAGCUAAAGAACCAAGUGUUGUUGUCUUUGACGAAGCACAUAAUAUAGAUAAUGUUUGUAUUGAAGCUUUAUCUGUUAAUAUGAAUAGACAAAUCUUAAAUGGUGCAGCACGUAAUUUAAGAACUCUCAAAUCAGAAAUUGAAAAUCUAUCUUCCUUAGAUGAACAGAGACUACAAGAUGAAUAUACUAGAUUAAUACAAGGUCUUAGAAACUCUGGACAGAUUCAGGAUGAAGCUGUUUUACAGGACCUUGAAAGGUUUCCAGUGCUUCCUGAUGAAAUGGAAAAAAUUAGGAAAGGUCUAAUUCCCGGAUCAAUUAGAAGAGCUGAGCAUUUUAUCACAAUUAUGAAAAAGCUUAUUCUAUAUUUGCAAGAAUAUAUUCGAGUUUACUCAACCAGAAUUGAAGGUCCUCUUACCUUUGUUAAGCAUAUUGAAGCCUCUUGUUAUAUUCAAUCUGGGCUCCUUAAGUUCUGUGAUGAGAGACUUAGAUCUUUAUUGAACACUUUAAGAAUAGUAGAAAGCGACCAAUACUCUUCCCUUGAAUUAGUUUGUACAUUCUUCACUAUUUUAGGAAGCUAUUCAAAGGGAUUUAUUGUUAUUGUUGAUCCUUAUCCCGAGGUCUCUGGACUUUAUGACCCGGUAAUACAAUUGAGUUGUUUAGAUUCAUCUAUUGCUAUGAGGCCAAUUCUGAAGCGUUACCAAAGUAUUGUAUUAACAUCAGGAACUCUUUCUCCAUUGGAUCUUUAUCCGAAAUUACUAGGAUUUAUUCCCGUUAUUAGCCAAAGUCUGACGAUGACUUUGGAUAGGACAUGUAUUUGUCCUUUAAUUGUUACAAGAGGAUCUGACCAAACACCUCUUUCAUCCAAAUUCGAGUCUAGAGGUGACGUCUCAAUUCAACAGAAUUAUGGUAAACUUAUCUUGGAAAUCACAAAAAAAGUCCCUGAUGGGGUAGUUUGUUUUUUUUCAUCUUACUUAUAUAUGGAGCAGAUGCUUUCACAAUGGUACGAGUCAGGAAUUUUGGCACAAAUUAUGGAACAUAAAUUAGUGUUUGUAGAAACUAAGGAUAUUGUGUCCACAACUUUAGCUCUACAUCACUAUAGGAAGGCAUGCGAUAUCGGGAGAGGAGGUAUAUUCUUUUCUAUUGCUCGAGGAAAAGUUGCAGAAGGAAUUGAUUUUGAUAGACAUUAUGGAAGAUGUGUCGUAAUGGUCGGUAUUCCUUACCAGUACACACUAUCAAAGAUUCUUCAAUCAAGACUUAGUUUUCUUAAGGAGAAUUACGGGAUCCAGGAAAACGAAUUUCUUACUUUUGAUGCAAUGAGACAAGCAUCUCAGUGCGUUGGUCGUGUUAUUAGAUCAAAAGCAGACUAUGGUUUGAUGAUUUUUGCCGAUUUAAGGUACAAUAAAAAGGACAAAAGAGAGAAGAUUCCUCCAUGGAUUUUGAAACAUCUCAAGCCUGAAUAUUCGACUUUAUCUACUGACAUGGCAGUUUCUAUUUCUUCAAAUUUCUUAAAACUAAUGUCACAACCUUAUACUAUUAGUAAGUCAAUUAUUAAGCCAAAUUCUGAGUAG